GAUUAAUUUCGCGGAAAACCAAAUGAGGGGAAAUCAUUGGGGUGUUUUAUGGCACGUCCGUUUGUCUCGACGCGUUUUCAAGAAACUCGGCUGCAAUAGACAAGGUAGUUACGUGAAAUGUGGAGUGUGGGAAUCAACGCGGAUGCCUCGCUUACAUCAGCGGCUUUCUUUCACUUCUGCUAAGUUGUAAAUGAAGAAUGGAUGAUUCCGAAGAUUUCCCCGAUCAACCAUCGGAACUGAUAUUAAACGAGGAGCCACCAAAAGACGACCUCUAUGUGUGGGUGUUCUAUAAAGGUAGCUUUGUCUGGAAAUGUCGCAUCAAAGAGGAGAGUGGCUGUGUGAUCCGUGGUUCAUGCAAGGCAGAUAAAGAGACCGACGACGAGGAAGAACUGUAUACAAGAAUGGACCGGUUACAAUUAACACCACAGAUGUCAAGGAGGACUGACGAGGGCUGGGUUAUCAUAAACCUUCCUGAACCAUCCUCCGUUGACGAUGUGAGACCCCGACAUUUAGAUCGGAUCAACAAAGGUCUAGAUUCUAUGGGUGAUGGCAUACGGAUUAAGCGGAACAAAGAGAACGGAUGUAUAUAUGGCGAGAAACUUCUGAAUUCCUGCCAUAUCUACCACGCGUAUCCUAUGAUUGAGUUGGAGUAUACCCAAACAGAAUGUUUGCCACUGGCUCUUCCCAACAUGAGAGAAAAGUGUCUAUUCAACCCGGAGAACUACUGGAGGAGAUUUGACGCGAACCCGAAUCGACAUGAGCGACCGAAAGCUGUGCUGUCUAUCGGCGAAAGAUGGUCUCUGACCAAAUCAUUGGAGACCUGCUCAAUAUCAAUGACUGUUAUCAAUGCGCAGGACCUGUAUAAAUAUCAACAGAUGAUCCCAUGUCAGAUUGAGGUCAGCCCAGACACAUCGCUGGAGUACAUGGGCACUGGGGAAGGAGCAUGUGACGCACCUAUACGAAAAAGCCUGGAUUGUGAUGGUGGACAUUCACGCGGGGAAUCUCAUCAUUAGUUGUAGUAUAGGAGCAGAUUAUUGAGAAAAUUUGUUUCUCUAGACAAUGUAAAAUAUAGUAUUGGCCUCUGUAUCAUUGAAGCCGUUUAUCCGGGAUUACCACAUGACUUGACCUAAUAUGCCAAUAUAUUGCCCGAGUGAUGCAUCCUGUAUGUAGAAUAUGCACUGUUCCCGCACAAAAAGUCAGAUAAGCCCAGAUUUUUAUUUAUACUUGGUGAUGGCAUAUAUCUUUGAAAGAACUUGUUGUGUUCAGUUUCUGGUAACUGUCACAUUGGUGAAGUGAUUUUGUCCUCACCGUCUAAAUAAAAAUCUAGGCCAAGACUUGUGAGUUCUUGCAGUGCAAUACUCCCUAAGCUUGUUACUAGUCUAACCAAGUAUGCAAUGCAUACUACGAUACCUAUAGUCGUGCAAUCUGUGAUAAAGCUAAAGCUGUCGUUUCUUGGCAGUUAAAGGUCAUAUAUCAAGGUUUUUUGCCAUUUUCUGCUGUAAGACGAUUUCAAAAGUGUACCUAACACUUUAUAUAAUACAGGAAACCAAAUGCAAUUAGCUCCAUCCAUUUUGAAGAUAUAGCCAAUUAUGUGUUUGACAACUUGAUUACCUGAUCAGGCUAGCAACUGGCUUGUUAGAGCCAGGCGGCGGGUUCAGCAAAAGUUGUGAUGUAGAUCAGGUCAUCUGUACAUGUCAUGCAAUAAUAAAAGCAGGAGGGCCUUAAUUAAUUAUGCA